AUGCAAAAUCACCCCGUCGCUUUCAGUUUCAUGACUCAUCGAGUCGCUAAGGACGCUGUACGCUUUUACGACUACUCUGUAACUGCCAGUGGUGUACAUUUCUCAGGUGAGAGAAAAAAUUGACUUGUUUUUGUGGCUAGAUUGUUAUGUAGAACGCAUCUUACAUCUCCGCUUACAGUUAAACACUCAUGUUACAAAGACAAACUGUCAGAAUGAAACAGGGAUAUCGUACUCGACAAUUUGCUUUCGGAAAUCUGAGACAUAACAUUCAUAGGCGUAGAAUGAAACAGAAUGGAAACUUUACGAGCCGUACGAAAAUCCGUGAAGAACCAAAAUAAGAUCAAAUAAGUGAAAUUUGAGAACCCUCGUACAUAGCGGCAGCAUUAGUGACACAUAGCGGCAGCAUUAACUAAAUAUGAAAAUAGCACCAUAGCAACGUCGCAGCGGAAAAAUCUUGAUCGAGUUUUACUUCUGAAAUAGAGCUAAAAUAAAGGGGGAAACGUAGUAAUUCCUUUUCACUGGCAAUAACAAAACAUCUUAGCGAGGUUCAGAACAAGUGAAUUUGUGUCACUGUCAAUCUGAUUAAAUUUUGUGUCUUCCUGUCGGGUGUUACUAACUAUGAAUCAGUAGACCGCGGAACCUCCGCAACCUGCGGAAUCCUAUUUUUUUUUCAUAGAAAAUUAAUGAAAUAAAAUAGAACUAAGAAGACCUCAACACUGUUUGAAGGUUAGUUUUCGGUCUAAAGAAGAUGACUUUAAAGGAGAUAUAUGUUUUAAUUGUCUUUGACGUCCAACAUUAACCCUACAAGCGUAUGUAAUGUCAUAAGGAUCAAUCAGCAUUAACCAAUCCUUGUCUGUUAAUGAUGGAACCAUAAUUUUGAAAGUUCAAACGGUUUGCGAUAUCGGAAUAACGCUUCAUCAGAAGGCUAGAAUUGGUGGUCUUUAAUUCCAUUUUAUUGUAAAAUGACCCUGGAAUGAGGAACACGAGUGUAAAGUAACAUCGUCGCAUAUGAUGCAUCGUUACUGCUUAACUUGUUGUCAUAUUGUUUUCUGUGUGGAUUUCGUUUACGCAUAAAUUAUCUGCGAGUGUUUUUACGUUUCAUCUGUUGUAUCGCGAAGAAUUUCUGGGUAGCCGGAGUGAAUAUGCAGAGUUUUGCUCCUAGUGGAUUCGUUUGAUUGGCUUUUCUCACAGGCGUAUCUUGGAAAUAAUCACCUGGAGGAAAAGCAGAUGAACUAAAACCGAGCUGUUUCACACUUGUUCCUUCUUUACAAGCUAUUCAUUCAUCAAAAAAAUGGUAGUCAAACCAUUUUGUUAGCUUAUAGUUGAUAGUUGAUCUGUUGCCAGUUUAGAGUUGGCUGAAAUCAGCGAUUAGAUAUAGUGAAUGGGGAAACGAGAAAGAUCAAAGUGACGCUAUGAUUAACUCGCCCGUGGAUAAACUAUGCAGAUGAGAAUUUAGAAUAAACAGUGACUUAAAACCAGUGACCCUGUGAUUCCAAUGAACAGAAUUGGGCUUCUGGAAACUAAAAAGACUUUGGGUAGCUGGUGGAUUAGUAUUCAAGAUGAAGAAACUAAAGAAUUGAUGUUCCCACAGCUAUAUUAAUUUUGCUAUAUUGUUUAUACUUCUGCUGUAAAGAAAGCAUUAUUUUAUGGCAAUUAUGAUAGCAAUGUAAAGAUUAUGCAUGACUGGCUCCUACUUUCUGCACAUCCACGGAUAAAAACCGAAGAGAUUUCAUUGUUGGCGGAACAAAACAGCGAAAACAGCUAGGCUGUCAUCUGUUGAGAACGACAAAUUCAUAAAAUCUUUAAAGGGAGAUAUACCUUUAGAAGUAGGACCAAAUAGAGAGUUGUAUCUAGUAUUAUUAGUUGGACUAAGUGCAUUUCACUAUUCUAAUUUAUGAAAAAAAAAAAAAAAAAAAAAAAAAAGAAAAAAAAAAAGAAAUGAAGAGUUUGCACGUCAUCUUGUCCAAUGCUUCUUAUUUAGGUAUGGAAGUAUUCCAAAAAAAUGUCUAUCUACUUAGCAAAGAGGAAUCAAAGACAUUGACCCUAUCAGAAAUUGCAGAAUUGAGGAAAGGAAAACAGUACCAAAGUCGCGUGAAAUUUUUCCAAGACAUGAAAGAUGAUGAUGUGAGAAACUUGCUUGAAAACAAGUUCUCCCCUAUCUUGUCAAAUAAAAGGUAAAUGCAGACUGUGUGGUAAGUACUUCAUAACGUACUAUGGUAAUGAUACUCAUUAGUAAACCAGCGCAGAACGAUUCACAUGACUUUGAUUUAUAAAGAAAUUUGAAGAAUCACUUUUGCGUGUAUGCAAACCAAACCUCUUUAACUUUUUUUUCUUAUUAUUAUUUAGGUUUUCGUGUGCAACACGAGACGGACAGACUAGCGCUCGAUUAAAUUUUCAUGGUGAACACCGUGUUUGGGAUGGACGAACGAUUAAAAGAAAAGUACAAGGCGGGUCGGCCUUGUAUUUAGUCCUGGAGGACGAGGUACACACGAUAUAUAAAACAAUCAUAACACCGUUCAGUUUUGAAGCUUAUUGUACCCUCGAUACUUCCGGAUUUAGUAUCUUUUCGUUUUCGUUACUUUCUGGUAUGCCCCUCUGCGCUAAGCCAUUCGUAAAAUGUGGGAACAUAUAUGAUUUUCUUAAUCAAGACUGAAAAGUUGUCUCCAGAUAGUGAAUGAUAAAGAAUAAAUUUUCAACAGAAACAUUGGUGAUUGGUGUGACAAUAUUGCUCGCAAAGACCAAUGAUAAAAUGUCAUUUUUUCAACUACUGGCAAUUUCCAAAACUCUAUGAAAAGUUAGAUUACAUUCCUGAAUGCUCAUAAAGAUGCAUUUAUUAACGCCAAAAUGAAAUGGUUUCGAAUAAAAAAUGAAAUAAUUUUUUCAACAAUAUUUCCAUAUUUAAAAAUCAGCCGGUCUUCAACUCGGUGUCACCUGCAAGAGGAACUCCUUCAUCUUUACAAGGUACACAAGGACGACUUUUUCUUCAAUUUUUGUCUUCUCUGGUUGUUACCAAACUCUUCCUUUCAAACCUGAAACUUGCAUGUAAAGCAUAAAUUCAUUUUCAUAUCAGGUCAUUUGUCGUCCACCAGCUUCUACCACAACUCUAAAAAUGGCCAGACUGUAAGUGAUCUUUUAAAUGAUAACGCACGCAGUGAACCUACCAUUUAUUUUCUCACAUGUGUUCAACAAUGAAUUUUCCUUGUAAAUAAGCAAAAUUACAGUAUCCCUAUUUAGGGCAGAGACGCCAUUUAUACGGUCCCACUGGUGCUUUUUACUGGUGUUUUGGAAUCAGAACUUGAAUCACAAGAUUCAUAACUCCACUAAGCUGCAGGGUUUUAAGUCAUUACUUUGAUUAAAGAAAUUUCUGUUUAUUUAAGGUGUCAUGGACACAAACACCUCAAUCCGCUACAACAGUCACAUCUUUGAAAACAACUAACUCAACAGGCAAGUUGAUUUUUUAAUUUGUAUUUUCUCUUACAUCAUGAAAGGUAUGGGUCCAUUGAUUUUCUUCUCAUUUGAUACAAAUAUUUCAAGUGAAAAAUUACAAAACAUAUGAUCAUGUUUUGUAAAUUUCUUCGCCACACGUGUCAUAAGAUAACGGAAUAAUGGAUUGAAAAUUGGUUGAUCGGCGUAUGUAAGAAUCUAAUUGACUAAAUUUCCUUCAGUUAGGAAAGAAGCGAUUUGAAUAACAUCUGAAUGUCAUAUAGGUCAAGGUGCAAGCAAAAUCACUGAUUAAGUUUUAUUUCAACCAUCCUGAUGUGUCAAGGCAUUUGCAAAGUACCGAAGUCUGGAGCAGGAGCUUGAAAGCUCCCUGUUUUACCAACUUUAAAUGAUCGUCUUAACUGUAUUGCGUUGAUUUUGGGAAUUAUUGUGCCAGUCAUGGUAUUUAGGAUAAUUUAGUUGCGAAGACAUGCAUUUCUCUGAUCCUGAGGUAAGAUUAUGUGAAAGUAAAAAACGAUUAUAACAUAGCUAGUAACUUUGUCUAAUCAAAUUCAAUUGCGCGAGCAUGCAUCAUAUUCUUAUUGUGCAUGCUCAUGACGUCAGCAAACAAAUCCCUCGAGAAAAAAAAUUUUCCUUCGGGUUGAAAAUGUUAUAAAACAAUUGGUUCAAACGUCAUCUGUCAUCUGAUAGUGUAAAACUAGCCAGUAGGACGCAUGAAAACUAAUGGCGUGAUAAAAUGUUCUAAAAUAUGUGUUAAAACCGUUAAUUAAAAUAGCUCAUUAAAAUAGAUCAUUAAAAUAGAAGAUCGUUAAGUUCAGUGCAUUCCUCACGGGAGUUCAGUACUGGCUAGUUUUACACUAUGCUAAUUUACAGUGGCACCUCCAACGUUUAAAACCAUAGCGCAAAUAUUUUAUCGUCCUCCCUGAUGAUGCCGUAGAACGGCGAAAGCUCGGAGUGAAUAAAGAAAGAACCACAGUAGCACUUAAAGGCUUCAUUUGAUCAAUAUCCCACAUCAUUACGACAUGCUACUAGAGGACACGUUCAAACGUUUAAUAUUUUUUAAGUUUGCUUCUCCUUUUGUUGUAAUUGUGUUAACUCUCUUAUAAUUCUUUAGAAAACGCUGUAGAAACGACGCAAUGGGAACGCGAUAUGAAUACAAAUAAUCCUGGGUGGCUUGUAAGUGAAUUCUGUUAUCAUGUUCAAGUUUGUUUUUAUACUAGGAAUUUCAUUCAAUGAGAGAAAGAAUACAAUGGAAAAUGGUGAAAGAUAAUCUAUCAAAGAUAAUCAUCCAGCAAUCCCGUUACUCUCUCCUAACCCAGUUCAAAUAUAAUGCAGCAGUCCUUCUUCAGGAGACACCUUCACUGCAUACUACUCUUGGUUGGAAAAGGGGGGUCCUGAGUAAAUUUUAGCGGAUAUUUUUUAAUUAAAAAAAGAAAUUCUGAAUUGAGUAAAAGUAGACCACUGCUCAUUCUAUUCGUAAGCAAGACCACAGAACCGAGAACGAUUUCAACAGAGUAAAAACCAGUGGUCGAUCUUGAAUCAGAAAUAGACAGCAAUUAACCUGGCUCCAGGUUUUUGUUACAAAAAUUACCAUGUUACUUCAAUCAAAAUUUUCAAAUAUUUGCAGAAAUCGCGAUAAUAACUAUCAACGCCCAAGUCUGACUUUUCUUUUCAGUGGUUAGUGUAUAGCAUAAUUUAAGGAAACGCCAUUCUUGUUUUUCAAUGCUGUUAAUUCAAGCACUUAAUUCUAUUAUUUUUUCUCUGUUUAAUACGUAGGGUGAUAACCUAAACGCUCCCAACUCGCCAGGUAAUUCUGAUUUUCAUAUGUCAUGUCAUAACUCUUGGUGCGAUGUUGGUUAGUUCAGAUUUUCUGUUAGAAACUUUAGUCGCCGGAGAGUAGAGUGAAGUAGUAAAAGGACAUUAUCCACGUCGUGGAAACAAGAAACUCGAGCUAUUGAAAUUUAGCCGAAGAAUUUAAGAGCAUCCGUUAGUCUACCAAAAUUAGACUAUUGACACAGUAAUCAUAAACGUACGGCAUUUCAAUUCAUUUCAAGACAUCCAUUUGGAGAGUCUCGAGGCCGCUUUAACAGUUGAAACGAAAUCAGGGACCUCAAUGUUGACCAAUAGAAAUCAAGAACAAAAUGAGGUAACAUUUUCAAUUAAACAAGGCAUCUUUUAACAUACUAUUUGGUGUAAUGGUGUGAUUCAAUGGAAUGAUGUGAAUGCGAAAAGAUAUGUGCAUUAUCUAGAUUAAUUGAGAUAAAUACAAUCUAGAUAGGCUAAUGAGCAUAAUUACUUUCUUAAUUGGGACAAAACGUCACUCAUAUCUUUCAAAACUGUCCUAUGCACUCUUUGAAUCGACUUCAUUGUAAAUGAAAUGAACAUCCAGCAUCUCUGGCACAAAUGAGGCACCUUUUAAAUCGAUUGUUCUUUUUCUUUUUUACCAACUACAAAAUCAGAUUCCCUCAACCGCCACUGAUGCCCUUCAAAGCGAUGACAGUGCUUUAAGUUCCUCAGGAGGUGGGCCAGGAAAGCUUGUUUAUCCACUUUUUAACAUAAAUUGAAAGUGUGAUAUACACGUCAAAACUCCUUUGGUUUGCAUAGAUUUAUUUUAGUUGGUAAUUUUCAUGUUUAAAAUCUACUUUGGGUAAUUUUGGAUUGACAUCUUAGACAUUUCAAUAAACCGAGUGAUAAUGAUUUCGAUUAUUUGAUAUAGAAACCGUUUCUCAGAAUGGAAUAUUCAGUGCCCAAGAAACAACGCAAGAGGAUCGAGUGACAAAGCCAAUCAGGGUACGUUAACCUUUAUUAGUUGUAUCAGUGCACCUUGAGAGGCAAUCAGAAAACUAGUAAAAUCUUUUGUUAAAUACCUGUUAUUUCUUUGACUGGACCCUUUUAUGGUUGAACUUUGGUCGAUCAACUAGGUUUUGUUUUUAGGGUAUGUAUCGUCUGUAACAGUCAAGGUUAGAGCUCAGCCAACUUAUUUAGUAUAUGCUUGUUAUUUUCCGAUUUCGAACAUUUGGUUUUGAAUUGAUUUUAAGAUCUCCGACGUUUAUGGUGUAUGCCGACACAGUUGGAUAUUAAUUUCUUAAAGUAAAUAUGUAUGCGUUUUUCUCCAAUGUACUGUAGUUGAUGGAGGAAGAUUGUUUGAUAAGCGACAAAAGUGAUUCUUCCGGAAAAUCUGACAGUGGUAUCCCGUCUGAAGGUGAGGUUGGCCGAGAAAAUAGUAUCUAAGACGAGACUGGGUAAGCCUGAUUUUUGUAACAAAGUUACGGGAAAAAAUGAGACAAAAAACUUAACGAAGUUAGCUGUAUAAACUUUUCCCUGAAACGCUAAGCUGAAACAGGACGUCGAAAUCCCAAGAAGUAGACUCUCUUUAUCGACAGCUAAUUUAAAGAAAAAAAACUCAUGAAAGGCAUUGGUUUGGAAAACACUUAUCGUGUGGUUCAGUGUUAGCCACAAAUUUAAUUAUCACCGGUAUUACUCUAAUUAUGGAGGUGUAAAUUACACGAUGUAGAUCUGGAUUGACGUAGGCCAGUAAAUAGCGUGCUCGAAUACGGAUGAAGAGGUCUGGAUUCGAGCGAUGGCCUGGGCAUUCUGUUGUACUCCUGGGGAAAACUUUCUUUUCUUUAUAUCUCCGCUGAUGUGGAUAAAUGGCAACCAUACAAAUAUGAUCACUAGGUAAAGUGAACAACAUCCUAUCUCGUACCCAAUCAUGUUAUAAAGCUGCAUUUCGAAAUGGUAAAACACAUAACAACUAUAUUCGUUAUGUUCUUACUAAUAUGUAACUAGAUGAUGUGAUUUUAUUUUUACUUUCUUUGUGUCUGGAACUUCGUCUUAGAUUUAAAUUGCUCAAUUUUGCACUAUUGUUCAUACAGCGAGCGCAUGUCCUGCCCAAGCUCUCAACCGACCCAUAUCUCUACGAAUACAAGAUGCGAGAAUGAAACCCGCAGAGGGGCCUUUGCAGGUAGAUUCGUGUUUUGCUCUUCUGAUUUGUUAAUCAAAGUUACAGGAGCGAAAACUAGAGAUAUUAUUGAAUAAUAUAUCAUUUGGGAAGGAGUUUCUCUUUGUUUUCAUGGUAAUGAUAUGCUUGCAAAGAUUUAGCGUUCUCGUUGGUUGAGAACAGGUCAAUUUAUCUCAAGCAGGACAGAAAGUUGAAAUUAAGUUAGUGAGAAAGAGCGCAAACACUUAUUUAUUCGCUAAAGAAAGUUAAAAAUCUCGUGGCAAAUUCUUGCGGGAAAACCCUUACAACUCCGGCAACAAGAAUGAUCACAUUUCCGCAAUUUAAUUAGCAAACAAACACACCAACAUCUGCUCAUGAUAUUAGUGAACUCCAGCUAACAAACAAACAUGCAAAAGGCGUGAAUUUUGGAUAUUUUUCCCCUUCCUUUUCAUUUAGGGCGGAGGAUUAUUUCGUGCAGUUAUAGAUGAAGAACUCCCUCGUUCAAUGGAAACAGGUUGGGCAACAUUUGGCGAUAAGUCCGUGAAAGUAUGGGUAUCGAGAGAUGGUCUUUCUCUGUUUGGAGAGGAAAUUCCUCGUAAGUGUCCGCUGUUUUUCUUUGAUUUUGCUAAAAAAUGAUCUUGCACUGCUCUCAGCCUUCAUUUUACUCAGUGGUGGUGCCAGAGGGUUUAAUUCCUCGCCGACGUAUGCAAUGUUUGUUAUCCUUCUUCUUAACCUUCUUCCCCCACCAAAUCUGGUAGAGUUUCUUCAGCUUAUAUGUUCAGGUGUAUGGAAACACUUACUUCAAAACAAAUCGUCAAAAGUCUAUGUUACAUUGUAUGAAUAAUUUUUAUUAAAUAGGUGGUGACGUGCCAGGACCUGUUACCGUGAUAUUCAGUAGUCUGAACGGUGAGUGUGUGGCAAAGUCGACCUACACUUACCAGGAGCGUAAAAAUUCAACAACCCUACAGAUUAAACGAGCUCUUGAUGAGAUUGAGGAGUGUGUAAAGCGUCUCAGGAGCGAGCCUGACUCAUGUGACGAAAGUGAAGAAUUGGCCAAGGAAAAUUUCCAUGAGUCAGGUAAAAUUUUUUACACUGUUUGAACAAAUAACCGUCUCAAAAAUUUUAUUGCAGGAAAUAAUUAGAUAGAGAGGUUCGUAGACUCAGAUAAACUUGGGAUGGUCAGGAUAACGCUCAAGCUUUUUCCCUAAUUGUUUUUAUAUUUACGGAAGUGCUUGGAAAUCAUCACUGGGUUAAUUUAUUUAUAGGGGGGCUCCUUCCGCGAUCCUCUGAAUCUUUGUAUCAAUAAUUUGUAUUAAAUAGGUGGUGACGCGCCAGGACCUGUUACUGUUACAUUCGCUACACUGAACGGUGAGUGUGUGGCAAAGACGACUUCCACUUACAAAAAGUGUGAAAAUCCAAUGACCUGGCAGAUUACGCACUUUAAACGAGCUCUUGAUGGGGUUGAGGAGUGUGUAAAGCGUCUCAGGAGUGUGGCUGCCUCAUGUUAUGAAAGCAAAAAAUUUGCAGAGGAAAAUUGCCAUGAUUCAGGUAAAAUUUUCACCUUGUUUGAAAGAAUUGUCGCCUCAAAAAUUUUAUUUCAAGGGAUAAUUAGAUAGAGAGGUUCGUAGACUCAAAUAAACUUGGGAUGGUUAGGAUAACACUCAAGCUUUUUUUUCUUAUUAUUUCUUAUUUACGGAUGUGCUUGGUAAUCAUGUCUGGGUUAAUUUCUUUACAGGGGGCUCCUUUCGCGAUGCUCUGAAUCGGCAAAAUGAUGCGUUAGCAGUCCUAGAAAAACAAUUAUUAUCAAGCCGAUUUAUUUGUAUGUGGAAGGAAAUAUUUUCGUAACUGAAGUUAUGCUUUCUCUUUCCUGUGUAUCUUUUUAUGACUUGAAUUAGUAACUAAUCAACAAAUGAUUGAGAUGAUGGUAAAAACUUCAAUUAACUCGACAUCCCCCACCAGCCUUCUUUUAUCGGGCAUGUUGAACUGAGAGUUAUUCAUAUAAAGUCAAUCGCCAUUGAAAGUGUCUUCUCAGAAGGCACUUAACAUUUUGAAAUAAAGGGUCAUUAUUUUUACUAGCGUGUACUAAAUUUACGAGAAUGCUGUAGUAGUAAGUAUGUACAUGUGGAUUAUUUCAACUUUUGUCAUUACUGGGAGCUAUAAAGAUUGCAAUAUAACUAGAGAACUGUAUACUUUAGUUCUGUGAUACGAAAUCUUGGUCAUGACUGAAUUGUACCAUGAUACACUGAUUCUUUGUUUAACAUGAAUGUUUAUGCCGACCGUGUCAUUUCUCAGGGGUAACACAAGUGGUGAAAGCCCAAUUAGGUGAGGAGGGUUAUUUUGGAGAUACAGAAAAAUCUGACACAGAGAGUGAAGAUUCUUAUCGUAUGGAUAAUAACGAAGUCGAAAUAGAAGAAGGUAAGUUUCUGCCUAUAUGCAUGCUGGUGCUCUAAGAUAACUAAUGUCGCAAAUUUAGAAUUAAGGUAGAGGAUGAUCCAAUUAAUUGCGGCUAAGUUUUCCGGAAUGCACCGAGGGGAAAACUUAUGGCUUAAGAUGUAAUCCGCAGGCAACAAAAUUGGCGGGGUUUUUUUUACAUCAUUAAUUUUCAAUGUGCAAGGCUAAUUGUUUUUUUUAGCUUUCUACGUGAUUUGUUGCCCAAGAAGUCUUAACAUUCCUGCUGCUUCCAGCUCGCUGUUAAGAUAAUAGCGUAUAGCUUCCAUAUUAAUUUCUUUGAUGACAAUCGUAGCUCAAUAGGUAGAUCCAGCAGUAUCAUCAUUAUUCAAGCCUGCCAGAGAAUAAACAGAGGAGGAGUUUUAUCUAUUCCAAGGUUACUCUGGGAUAAGAAUGCUAAAUGCUAAUGUUAACGCUUCUCCUACGUCAUAAUGAUGUCUGGCGUCUUAUUUGCCCGUUUGGAUGACCACCAAAUUAAUUAUGAGAUAGCUCAUAACCUCAUAUCUUUUGGACAAGAAAAGUGCUCGGGGGCUCGGCUCGUCGGCCAACACGCCCGCGCAUAAAUUUAUUUCCUAUUCUAUUUAUUUCUCCUAAUCAGUAAAACUAGCCAAUCGGAUGUCUAUAAGGAUUCGGUCUUAGUCUACCAAGAUGACGGAAACAAAACCUUUCUUGUGCUUAGGAAACUUUAUCGGUCAAUAAUGCAAAGAUAAAUUACUGACGUAUGAGCAACAGCUUGUCGAUCAUCGAGAAUAUCUCUGUGUCUGUCUAUCAUUAUCGCUUCUGCACUUUUUCACCAUAACCAUUUUGCUGCGUAAUGAGUCUUCGCAUGCACUCUUUGUAACUCUAAGUUAUUUUACCUCCUUCGUAUGACUUUAUGCACGAACACCGAUGAUACAAGAAUAAACUACUGGUGCAUUAGCAGCAGACUGUUGAACAUCACGAACAUCUUUGUGUCUGAUUAUCAUUUACGCAAGGAAAAUUUUAUCGUUUCCGUACAUUUUCUCUGCAACGAAUUUACUGAAUAAAACCUGUUAACGCUUUGUAGCAUGCACUCUUUUUAACUAUGAGCUAUGGUACUUUUAUCAGGUUGUUCUAGCGACAAGUGCAGCUGGAAACGUCGGAUGACAAAGGACAUUAUGAAUGGUCACCUACUACACGAGCUGAUUGGGAACAAGUGGAGAGACCUGGCACGACAACUUAAGUUCACAGAGGCUGUCAUUGGCUUGAUCGAGAGUGACAAGGGCGCUUCUACUAACGAAUGCUGCAUUGCGGUCAUCGUAAAGUGGAUUAAUCAGAAGGGAGAGGAUGCUACUGUCGAAAAGUUUGCUGAAGCUUUAAUAGAGAUAGGGCUUAGGGGCGUAGCUGAAAAACUUCCGUGUAUGUAA